UUCUCGCACACCAGCCAUAUUCAUGAGGGAAGGGGAUAUCAACUCAUGUCGUGCAUGUCAUCUGCUAUCAUACGCAGAGUGCAAUCUACUAAACGCCGAGUAGUGUCUUCGAAACUUCCCUUCGAAACUAAUAGAAAAAUUAAAACAUACGAGUGAAUUAUUCAAAUUUUCAUUUUAACCAAGUCUUGAGACAUGGAGGAAAGUCAUUCAGCUGUCGUUAAAGUUAUAGAAGCUAUGAAAGAUGACAAGCAAAUCAAAUUUUUUAUCAAGUUAAUUCCAAAAGACAGAUUUGUGGAUGCAGUGAAUCACAUGUGCACUUUUUUUCUAGCUGAUGAACCUAUUUGCAAAAGUUUAAAUGUGAAGAAUGACCCACAGGCCGUAGAGGAAUUCAAAGCAUUAUUUAAAAUUGCAUUAGAGGAUAAUUUAAGUGUUGCGGCAUUUGUUGAAAAUCCUCAAGGUGGAAAGCCUAUAAUAGCUGCGCUUAAUGUUCUUUACCUGGGUGGAAAAGGACAGAAAAUCGAUUUUAGCCAAUAUAUUAGUAAAUCUGAUAAAGUUCAAAGAGUAAUGCAAGUUAUGGAAGCAUCAGCAGCAGACGUGAAUUUUGAAAAAUUAUACGGCUGCGAUAAAUAUAUAGGAGGUUUCGGUCUAAGUGUAGAUCCUGUUUUUCGCGGAAAUGCAAUUGGAUAUCAUCUGCUUAUGGCAAGAAAUGAAGUUGGCAAAGCGAAAAAUAUUCCAUUGACUAUGACCGUUUUUACGUCACCCAUAUCAGCUAAAUUGGCGAGUCGAGCGGGAUUUCAAGUAUUAUCAGAAAAAUUGCGUGAUACACUCGUUGACGAGAAUGGUCAAUUAUUAGUUCCUGCAUGCAAGACAGAGUCUUUCAAAUGUAUGGGAAAGGAUAUAAAAUGAAUUACAUUGUAUUCACUCAACUAGAAUCGAAAUAUAUAAAUGUGUAUUAUGUAUAUUAUGUAUAUCUUUAGUUUAGAUCAAGAUAUUGUUUGUAAAAACUCAAAUAGAUACAAACUUAUUCUUUUUAAACUUAAUAAAUUAGUGAGUAAAUAUGGUAAA